AUGUCUGAAAAACAUUUGGGAGAAGAUUCCGUGGAGCCUCCGAGGGUCGAAGGUCUCCUGAGGAUUUAUUCCAUGAAGUACUGCCCUUACGCCCAACGAUCUCUGCUUGUUUUAAAGGCAAAAAAAUUACCGCAUGAUGUUGUAAACAUUAACCUGAUGCAUAAACCGGACUGGUACCUAAAAAUGUAUCAAGAAGGCAAAGUACCAACACUCCUGGACGGCUCAAAAUUUAUCAUCGGCAGUCUUGAUAUCUGCGAGUACCUGGAAGUCGGCAGUCUUGAUAUCUGCGAGUAUCUGGAAGAAAAGUACCCCGAACCGCGGUUGUACCCUUCCGAUCCCGCAGCCAAAGAGAACGAUAAGAGAGUGAUCAAAAGCACAGAAGAGGCACAGAAUGUUUUCGGAAAGUGCAUCUACUCGAAUGAUAAAACGACACCACAAGAGUGGAGUAAACUAUUCAUGGACGCAUUGCAACCGAUUGAGAAGGAAUUGACCAGCCGAGGGACUCCAUUUUUCGCAGGAGAUUCUCCGGGAAUGGUUGAUUACAUGAUUUGGCCGUGGAUGGAACGCAGUGGAGUAUUGAAAUUAAAGUACGGUGAGAAAAUCAUCGUGGAGACCGAUAUACCGAAUGUGUGUAAAUGGAAAUUGAAGAUGCUAAACGAGCCCGUCUGUAAAGAUCUGUACGUUAGCGGAGAGGCCUUUUGGAAGCACUUUCAACCGAAAUUGGCCGGUAAAGAUCCGAUUUUCGAUCUAGUAUAA